AUAACAUUACUCUUCUUAUGUAAAAUCAUUAAUUAUCAUUGAUGUUUUAAAAUGAUGUCACGAACAAAAUAAGCUCGAAAAUGACUAUGAAGAGAAUAAAAGAGAAAUUAUUCGAAUGGGCUUGUAGAGAACAUGCAAUGAAUAAUUCUUUCGACAAGCUUCUACUACGAGAAAAGGCUCUCGAACUGACAAAAAAAUAUGGUGUCAAUGGUUUCAGAUGUUCGGAUAAAUGGUUGAACAAUUUUUUAAACGAUCAUGGUUUUUCUAUCGAUUUGACGAAUAUAAUAUUUGCCGAUUAUCGCAAAUGGAUCGAUCUGAUGAGAUCGACGAUAAUCAAGUACAGACAUAAAGAUUUUUUUCAUGCGGAUGAAUUGACCAUGUAUUCAGAUGUAUUUCCUUCAGAGAUUUCGUGUAAUGACGUUAAAAAUCCAAACUCAAACAAUGCAUCGAGAAAUAAAAUUAUCAUUUUGAUGAGUUGUAACUCAACGGGGACGACGAAAUUGCCACUCUUGAUCUGUGGACCAUAUCCAUCCAAAAUAACAAUGAAAGAGCACAUUUACUGUCACAACAAAAAUUCUCAUAUUGGAAAUGAAUUGUUCAGAAAUUGGUUGUCAAAUGUAAACGAUCAUAUGAUAAAGUGUAAUCGAAAGAUUUUGCUAUUUCUACAACGAAACAGGAUGCGCGCACUCAAGGAUUUCGUGGCGAGCAAUGUACAACUCGUUUACUUUCCUGAAGAUUUCCCGUCAUUUUUACGACCAUUGCGGAGAGACGUUUUUCAUUACAUCAAGAUGGUUUUCAGACGAAGAUAUGCAGAACGAUUGAAGGAUACUAUGGAAUGGAAUCUUCAUGAUAUUUUAACAUCUUUAAUCGAAGCAUGGGAGACGAUACCACGAGAGCUUAUCAUUUUUAGCUUUCAAAGAACACGUUUUAGAACCGAUGAUUGCUUUCUACAAAUUAAUUGUGAUUGCUGGGAUAACUUGAAAAUGGGCAUAUCAUUUAAAAAAUUUGUGAUGUUCGAUGAUAAUCUUUUGGAUGAAGAAAUAUCACAUGAAAAAAAUAAUUACAAUCUUCGUAAUCGUAAAAACAUAAUAGAAAUUAAGAAAAAUAACUCAAAUUCUAAUUUAAAGAUUACAAAAAAUAAUGAAAAUAUGAUUCAAAAACUAUCAAAUAAAAUCAUUAAAAAAUAUCGAUCAUCAAUGCCUUCGGAGGUAAAAAAUUAUACGGAUCAAAAAUUAAACUGUCCUAUAAUAACGAAUCAUGAAAAAAAAUGGAAUGAUCAUAUAAAAAAUAAAAAAUUGAAAAAAAAUCUAAUUGAUAUGAAUAUUAAACAGAAAAAAUCUCGAAAAAGAACUUACAAUGAAGCUCAAUUUGUUAAAAAGGAACAGAAUAGAAAUCAAUAUGUGAUCCGGCAGGAAAAUAUUAAAAACUUUGUACCGAAAGAUUCCAACAUUGCUUCUUCAAUGUUGAAAAGAAAGAAAUUCCAAAAGGAAAUACCUCAAAAACAAGACCCAGAAGUGAAUGAAAUCCAAGAAUCUCAUCAAAAAGACAAAGCUUUGACUUUAUUGUCAACUACAAAAGUUAAUUAUUUAAACGAUCUAAUUGAUAGUAAUAAUAAUAUUGAUGAGGAAACCAUAAAGAACAAUAACAAUUCAUCACAAUUUCAAUUUUUGAAUAAUAAACAAGUUAAUACAGAUUCGGAGUGUGCGAAUAAAAUAAUUACAAAUUUUUCCACCAAUUUUUUAAACAAUUUUAAUCAACCAUCAACAUCAACGAAUAAUUUAAACGUUUUAUCUCAAGAAAUCGCUGAACAAAUUGCUUCUAAUAAAAUAUUAAAAAAACAAGUUUUCGAAAUAUCAUUUGUUAAUGCAUCUGAAUCACAGAAAGGAAAUCAUGAUAAAAGCCAAAAUUUAAAUUUACCCAUAAAUAAAAAUGCUUUGAAAAUUAUGAAUUUCUCUAAAAAGAAACAAAAUUCUUUGAAUCUAAAUAAUCCUGUAGAUAAUUCUGAAAUAGAUGAACCAAGAACAAAGAAAUCGAGAACAGAUCAUAAUUGGUACAAACAAUUCGAAACCACUUUUGUUUUUGGUUCCCCAGAUGUAAAUUAUCCUUCAGACAUUCAGCAAGAUAAAAAAGAUAUUGAAUCGUGUAUUUUUAGUAUAAAACCGUCUGUUUAUCCGAAAAAUUAAAAUUAUUAUUAUGAUCUUUUAAAUCAUAAAUUUUGUAAAUUUCAUUUCAUUAUUUUUUACUGAUUUAAAGUAAAAAAAUAAAAUAUUUAAAAAAGCAAUA